AUGCUGACGAUAUUCUGUGUUUUAAUUUUGUUCUUUCCGUUCGGCACUUUGUGUCAAACGUGGCACAGCAGAGCCUGUCUGGAUCGUCACCUGGAAUACCUGGAGGAGGUAUUUCAAAGAACACUGCACAGACUCGAAAAUGAUGUGAAAUUCUGCAAUUUGAAAAUUGACGACUUUAACCAAAGUAUAAACAAUCAAAUGUAUUCCUGGCGUGUAGCAGGUACAAUUCACUACACAAACAAUUUCCUUAUUUCAAUCGAAAUGGUGGACGUCACUCGUAUCUCCUCGAUGGUGACGCGAAGAAUGGAAAACAACAUACCGAUCUAUCAGGCUGGUCUUCAGGCUACAAUAAACUUUCACAAUCCGAGACUUGGCUUUGAUGUUUUCGCAGAGUUAGAGGAUAUGGAAGAUCAGCGGUACACCGGUGUUUUUUUGUUUCACUCUAUAACCUUUCCCAUUAAUAUAGUUAAAAAUAUAAACACCAAUGAAACUGCGUUUACAUUUACUAAUGCUGGAUCUAGUGCGAGAUUUGCAAGAAUGGACUCGUUGCCAAACACCAAUGUGUCACAGGUCAUUGGACGAAAUUUUCAGGCAUCUCUUAUUUCCAAUUCCUUCAGCGAGUGGGGACGAAAUAUAAUAAUACCUAUAAUGGAAAAAAUCGUUAAUACCGAAAUUGAGUUUCCCACUAUUAAAUUGGAUGGAUGUACUGGCUGA